CAGGCGCGCAGUCGCGGUCGGACGCGCACGUGUGUGAUGGCUGCGGUGUGACUGCAGGAGAUCAGGUCGAGAAGUUUCGUCGCGGGUGUUAAAAGGCGUUCCUGCGUUUUCAACACCGACAUCAGGUCAAUGAGUCUUUGUCCGCCUGGUCGGUUUAAUCUGCUGUGUAAGCCCAGAGGAAGCGCUGCGGUGCGGCUCAUAUCUUUGCCCUGAUGACCAGCAUGGCCCAGAGGUGGGCUGGGGGCCACUGUGCCUCUGUGCUCUGUGUUGGGGCUGCAGGAGGAGCACAGGGUUUGCUGGCUUCCGGUGCUGAAGGGGGUGAAGUGACUGUGUGGACCCAGGAAGGGGUGCCUCUGGCCCAGCUGCACCUUAGCGGUCAGGAGGAUGUCACUUGCACAUCUUUCUCCCCGAUGGCCCCGGGGCUGCUGUAUGCUUCUCAUGGAGAGACGAUCAGUGUGCUGGACCCUCGUAAACUCACAGGGCCAACAGAACAGCUGCAGAAUGUUGGAGAGGAUGAGAUUAAUUCAUUAUCAGUGAAUGAGACGGGCACCUCGCUGGCCCUGGCUGACGACUCUGGGGCUGUGAGGGUGGUGGACCUGCAGACAAGCAAGGUCUGCCGGACGCUGCGGAAGCACACCAAUAUCUGCUCGUCAGUAGCCUUUCGGCCACAGAGGCCUCAGAGCCUCGUGUCUGCGGGGCUGGACAUGCAGGUGAUGCUGUGGAACCUGCAGAAAGCUCGGCCGGUGUGGACCUAUAGUCUGCAGGAGACGGCAGAAGAGGAGGACGGGCACCAGCAGAAGGCAGGUCAGCUCUUUAACCCCCCGUUGGCCCAUUGCAUCAGCGUGGCGUCCUGCGGGAACGUGCUUGCGUGUGCUGCUGAGGACGGUCGUGUGCACCUCACCCGUGUGGGCUCGGGGUCCAGGUACGAACAGCAGGGGGCGAUAAAGGCUCACAGCCAGGGGGUAUCCCAGGCCCACUUCCUCAACUUUAUGCCCCACCCGUAUUGGCUGGCCACCGGGGGUAAUGACGGAGUGGUGGCACUGUGGGAUCUGAGCAAGGACUCCCUGGUGGCUGGAGAAGGGAAGGUUCAAGGGUCAAAAGUCAAGGCAACUGCCCACCGCAGGAAGCCCAAAGGCAAAGCCAAGGCUAAGUCUCAGAGCCACGGAGAUGCCAAGGUAGAAGGAGAAAAGACUGACAGCAAGGAGGAGGAGGACCUUUCAGAGGAGGCCAGCGGUACAGAUCCAAAUCAGGAGAAAUGCACAAAGACUGGACCCAAACUGAAGUUCAUUCAUGAGGAGAAGGUGAACUGGGUGUGUCCGGCUAUACUCAUGGGCCAGCCUAGCCUGCUAGUGGCGGACCAAAGCUCCAGUUUAUCGGUCUACUCUCUGGCUGGACUAUAGCACCUGUCAGCUGUCAGAACCUACAGAACUGUUUAGCUGAAUUUAUUUCUGUUGUGAAUAAGUUGAGGGUGCUGAGUGUGUCUGGGAAAACUAUGUGACUGCAUUAAACUGAAGUGGUCUAACCGUA